AUAAAUCUAAAGCUGAGUAACGAUGAGCGUGGCUGGUGGAGAGGUCGAGGGCGAGAGGCCGUCUCGCUUGCUGCCACCACGAUUACACCUUACCUUCCCCUUGUUUCCCUACGUACGCACAACUUUCCAGAUACCUCACCAGCACAAGGACGCGCUUUCGGGAGAGAUAAUGAGAAAACACAAAUUUGGGGAUAUUUGAAGUGCCGCCGGGGCUCCCCGCGCUCAUCGGAUGAAUUGGUCGAAAACGUCGUCGGUCCAUAUUGGGGUGACGUGACGAAUUUGACAUGUGCAUCUUCCAGCAGUGUUGCUGGGCCUCCUCGCCGACUAGCCCCUCAUGAACAGCCCUCUAAAGGGUUCUUGCACGAUCUUACAACGAUGAGAUGGAUGGUCAGACCUUCGUCCUCCUUCAAGAUCCUUAUCGCCCCCAUUGUACUAUAUCUGAGCUGGCAAUUGGUCGGUUUUACGCACAAUAAUCCCUGGGAACGACUCUUGUUCGUCUCUAAUCGGUUGCCGGAUGCCCCGGAUGGCACACCACUCUAUGCCAAAAGUUAUUGGUCCAUCACGGAAUACCUUUUGAAACCUUUCGCUCGGCUUCACAAGGCUCGCAAGCUCGAUAGAUUCGCUGAACAGGGAUACGCGGUCAUCUAUUCUAGUGUCUCCGGACCAUUUGGCCUUGUGGGUACGACAAUGAUGUCCGAAACGCCUACUCACAUUUACCAGUGGACCAUGUACAAAUUAUCCUCACUGGGAAAUGGCCGAAUGGAGAAACCGAGGAGCGACUUUGCCGAACUAGUCGCGCACCACUUUGUCACUCUCUGGCUGAUAGGGUGGAGUUACCUUAUCAACCUGACGCUCAUUGGCAAUGCAGUUUAUAUGACCAUGGAUUUCUCUGAUAUAUUCUUGUCUUUGGCUUUAUGCCUCAAUUACCUGAAGAUGGAGAAAACGAAAGCUGUCGCUUUUGCUUGGUUCGCUGGUGUGUGGACAGCAAUCUUCAGCUCCAAAUUAGACGAUGAAAGGUCGGACAACGAGGAUGAGUUGGCAGAGCCAAAGAAGAAAAAAGCUGAAUAA